UCAUGCUGCUGCCAAGUCCAGAGUCUCUCAUGGGUCCCCUGUACGGCCUCCCAUUGCUGCUGUCUCCAUCGCCACACUCUGCCAUGUGCCACUUUCAGGUCUCCUCACACUGCUGGUGUGUUCAAUUUUUUGACAUAGGGUGCUGGCAGAUUACGGGCCUCCCAUAGCUGCUGCCAGGCCCCUAAUCUGCCAUGGGCCCCUAUACCGCCUCCUCAUGCUGCUGCCAGGUCCAGAGUGUCUCAUGGGUCCCUGUACGGCCUCCCAUUGCUGCUGUCUCCAUCGCCACACUCUGCCAUGUGCCACUUUCAGGUCUCCUCACACACUGCUGGUGUGUUCCAUUUUUUGAC